UCCCAAACAGUGGAGGAGCAGUGGAUCAGGAGGAUGUCGGAGCAGCAGAGCACCCCAGAGCAGUUUGGUGCUGGCAAGAGCCAGGCCGGCGCUGGAGCCACAUAUAAGGUGGUGGUCUUUGAGUUUGAAAAUUUCCAGGGCUGUAAGGCGGAGUUUUCUGCAGAGUGCAAAGAUGUUAUGGCGAAGGGACUGGGGAAGGUUGGCUCUUUGAUCGUGGACACGGGGCCCUGGGUGGGAUAUGACCGGCAAGGGUUCACAGGGGAGCAGUUUAUUCUGGAAAAGGGCGAGUACCCCCGCUGGGACACCUGGACCAACAGUCAGCGAAGCUUCUCCCUCCUGUCUCUGAGGCCACUUAAAGUGGAUAGCGCUGACCACAAGCUACACCUCUAUGAGAACCCUGGGUUCACUGGCAGGAAGAUGGAGAUCGUUGACGAUGAUGUCCCGAGCCUGUGGGGCCACGGUUUUCAGGAUCGUGUAGCGAGUGUCAAGGCCCUCAAUGGAACAUGGGUUGGCUACAUGUUCCCAGGCUACAGGGGCCGCCAGUUCAUCUUCGAGCGGGGGGAUUUCAAGCACUGGAACGACUGGGAGGCCCCGUCUCCCCAGAUCCAGUCUGUCCGACGUGUGCGGGACAUGCAGUGGCACAAGAGGGGAUGUUUCAUCGUUCCCGACCCCGCCCCAGCCCCUGCUCCCGGCCCAGACCCUGACCCGGCUCCGGCUCCUCCCGCCCCUCCUGCGACCGCUGGGGCCAGCUGAGCAGGAUCCUCAUCCGCCUCUCCAACUCCAACUCUGCCCCAAAGUGCCGGCCCUCUGCCUGAACCCGACCAUGGCAAACACCGCUUGUGCCCAGCGACGAGCGCCAUGUGUGUUUUUAGUGGCAAAUAAAGGUUGUUUCACCUGGAA